AUGGACGCUCAAACGCGAGGUGAUUCGGCGUCGCAAUCGCGAGGAGAUGGUGAUAGUAAUGCACGGUCAUCUAAUUCUGUGACCCCGUCAACAAGCCAGCCAAAAGUACAGCAGCCCAAACCGCAGGCUCUCCCAAACCGAUCAGGACCGUCAGCGAUUCUCGUGUCGACGCGACAGAAGGGCAACCCGAUCCUGAACCACAUUAAGCUUCUACCAUGGGAGUACGCCGAUAUUCCCGCAGAUUAUGUGAUUGGAACAACAGCAUGUGCUCUCUUUCUCUCACUUAAAUAUCACCGACUUCACCCUGAAUACAUCUAUUCUCGAAUCCGACUCCUCGCCGGGAAGUACAACCUGCGCAUCGUGCUGGUAAUGGUGGAUAUUCCCAACCACGAAGACGCCCUCAAGGAGCUAUCGAAGACGUCGAUCGUCAACAACCUCACUCUGAUGCUAUGCUGGUCCGCCCCCGAAGCCGCACACUACCUCGAACUUUUCAAGUCCUCCGAACACGCCCAACCUACUGCCAUUCGCACGCAACAAGCACAGUCAUACAAGGAGUCCUUGGUGGAAUUUGUUACAGCGCCGCGAAGCAUCAACAAGUCAGAUGCAGCAAGCUUGAUCUCGACAUUUGGAAGCUUGCAGAAUGCAGUGAACGCCCAGCCAGAGCAGAUCAGCUCCGUUCCGGGCUGGGGCGAGAAAAAAGUCCAACAAUGGUGUAAUGCCGUCCGCGAAGACUUCAGGGUGGAAACCACCAAAAAGGCGUCUGCUCCAGCGUCCAAAGCCCGAAAUACACCAACGAGACCCCCGAGUGGAUUCGAUCAGACAGCCAUGGUUGAUGAUGACGACGAAGCAGUACUCCGCUCCGUGUUGACCGAGAGCCGGCUGACGGCUGCCGCAUCUGCCACGACUAAGAACGCCUCGACGACGAGCCAGCCAGUCGAGGAGCUUGACGAGGGUAUUGCAGCUGCACUAGCGAAGCUGCGGGAAUCGGGUGGAUGA